AUGGCGGCGUCCAGUAACGCGGAACCCUCUCUGGAGAUAUCGGCGCCGUUAAAGAUCCCCAAAACGGAGGCGCCGUCCCCGGAGUCCGACGAGCUAAGCGACGGUAACCAGUACCACUCCAACCCGUCCACGCCGAACCGCAUCUCGCCUCUGAACGUGGGCUCGGGGGGCGCAGGCCGGAGCGGGCUGGCCUCAGCCUCCAGCAGCUUCACGGCUUGCCGGGGGAUGUCGUGGACGCCGUCCGAGACGAACGCCCUCAUCGCGGUGUGGGGCAACGAGAGGCUGACGGAGGCGCGGAUGCAGCAGCUGGAGGUCGCGGGCACCGUCUUCUCGGGCAAGGCCCCCGGUCCGGCCAUGUACGAGCGGGUCUCCAGAGCCCUGGCGGAGCUGGGUUACGAACGGACCCCGUCCCAGUGCAGGGAGAGGAUGAAGACACUGCGGCGCUGCUAUAGCCGUGUAAAGGAGCACGGCAUUGGCAAGAGGAAGAGCAGCUACUCCAUCGAGCAGCUGGAGAAGGUGUUUGGCCAGGGGGGCUGGGACUCACAGAGCUGUGCCCCAGUGCUGAUCAACAGCAGUGGUCUCUAUCAGGAGAUGGAGUCAGACGGCAGCACCCUGGAAGACUUCUCUCAGGAGGACUGGUGCAACCAGGUGCUGGCCUCUGCCUUUCAGGAGGGAGACAUGGAGACCGAAGAAAUCCAGGUGCCUAAAAACAGAGUUCUACAAAUUCAAGCAGAGAUUUCAGAACAAACCCAAAAACAAGAUACGAUGCACAACGUGAUGCGCAUCCUGGAGUCGGUGCAGCUCAAAUGGGAGCACUUUCAGACCUGGACUGAGUUCUCGCGGUUGCAUCUCUCGAACAAGCUGGCUAUCUUUGGCGUGGGCUACAACACGCGCUGGCGGGAGGACGUGCGAUACCACUACGCUGAGAUCAGCUCUCAGGUGCCACUAGGCAAGCGGCUGCGUGAAUACUUCAACCCAGAAAAGCCCGAGGGCCGCAUCAUCAUGACCAAAGUGCAGAAGAUGAACUGGAAGAAUGUCUAUUACAAGUUCCUGGACAUUACCAUAAGUGAGGCGCGCUGCCUGGAGCUACACAUGGAGGUGGACUGGAUCCCUGUAGCUCAGUCCAGGGUGGCUGGCUGCAGCAAGGGCACAUGCCAGUAUCUCCUCCCUGGGGAUAUCCCCAAGACAUACGGACUUUAUGCCAUCGGCUACGAGGUGGUGGCGCCCUCUAAUGACUCUGCUCAGGCGUCACCCAGGGGCGAUAGUCAAGACCACAGCCUACCUCUGUCCAAUUCGGAGUCGGGGGCUGUGGCGGCAAGCCCAUCCAGUAGAGAAGGAGUCAAGAAGUGGGGCAGGACUGGGGCUAAGAUCACUUACUGCUUCUUAGGCAUAGCCGAGGAGAGGACACUACAGCAAUGUCUGUUCCAGCACUUUCAGGGUUCCGGCAAACACUAUGUCCACGGAGAACCCUCUGCUGUCACCCUCUUCCUGCAGGAAAACUGUCGCAGCGGGGCUCAAAAUGGGGAAGGAGAUGGAGAGUCGUUGUCUCAACGUUUUGCCAUUUACAUCAAGUUCAUUGAGGUGGAGCUGGACUUCCUCUCAGCAGGCUCCCUGGUGGAGUGUCUAGAAAUUGCCGUGGGAUAUUCCUUAAAGUAUAACAACAAGGAGAUCUUGUAACCCCCGCUCAGUGUUUUGAACGUUCUUUAACUUAAGAGAGUUGUUACCAAGUGUUGAAAGCAGCCAGUAGGAGGACAUGAAGGGUGACCAUUUCUGCCUGUUAC